AUGCAGCACGAUGAGACUCUGAAGGACAUUGCAGCCAUCGAUAUUUUCAGUGGACAAGCAUCGGUAUCGCAUGCCUAUCGUCAGGAAACCGAGUUUACCCAAGCGAUUGGAAUCAGUUAUGUAGGCAUUUUUCUUUGCAAGUUUCAUCUCGGGCACAUUGGUCAUGCAUGCAUGUCGGUGUCUGCAGCGUUCGGCGUUCGUCUCCCAGGUGACAAGGAUUUCAAGGCGUCGUUUCCUCAGGUCAACAACGUGAUGUGGCAAGGGUUUUUGCGCUUGGUGCAAAUGGCACUUCGGGUGGUGGAGGACGGGGUGGCCCACGGAGGGCCACCGUGCUCGUCUUUCAUUUGGUUGAACCGUGGGACGAGCAAACGAUCGGCAGCACGUCCCAUGGGAGACCAACUGGAGCCCACAGAUCAUGGCUCGUUGGGCCUUGAUUUGCAUUCUUUGUAUUGCAAGGUGCCAUUUCUUCCCGGACUGUACAAAAAGAUGACCAAGAAGAAGCAAGCCCAAUUGCGCAAAUUGGCAUCUGGAAAAAUGGUGAUUCGCUACCGUGAUAGUAAGGGACGAAGCCGAGUGUCCCAGCCCAAGUUUCCCAUGCUGGCGAUCUUCGACGUAACCUUUAUGGAGAUGAUCUGGCCACGUUUGAUCUUGUCCACGGGGCUCUAUUUGCAUCAGAAGCUUGACAGACUGCGCGACCUGCAGGCCAAGUCACUGCAGUGGUGGUCAGCAGCAAAGCUGGGAGAUGUACAAAGCUUCCUCAGGCGAAGCUGGCAUCACAACAUCCUCAGCCGGAAGGCAGGCCCACAGAAGAAACGUCAGACCGCAGCAAAAGCACCUGCAGCAGCAGAGAGUCCAACCAGUGAGGCUUCAACUGUUCCAGGAACAGAUGAACAAGCCAGAGCCAUGGCAAUCCAGAAGUACCAGCAAGCACAAAGAGAAGAAUCUGCAAGGCAGCUCCAAGAGCAACAGCAAAAAGAAGCACAGCCGAAAAGGUUGCCAGCCACACCCUGCCUGCGUCGAGUGAUGUCAAUGUCAAUUUUGCAGCAGCCUGCAUCAGGGACACAAUCACCAAACGAACCCAUGGACACCAGAACAAAUGACAACAACAACUCGCAGGCAGCACAGGCAAAGAGUGCAAGCACCACCAAGCAACAGAAGAAGAUCCAGAAGAAAAACAAACAACAGAAGAAGAAGAAGAAUGCUUGCAAGAAAGGAAACGGAAACACACCACAACAGCAGCUGACAGUGCAAGCACCACCAGCAAACACGCCCGAACAACAGGCCAACAAAUCUCUUGACCCACAUGACCAAGGACAAAAACAAGUUCAGCCUGAGCAGACUGUUAAACAGCAAGAACCUACCACAGUCGCACCAGACCCUCCACUAGCACCACCCUCCCCUGCACAGAGUGAGCAAGCCAAAGCACACUCUCAGGCACAAGCAACUGCAGUCAAGGCCAUGCUGAACAGAGCCCAGACCGCCGACCUGGGUCAUUCAGCCCCGCCUGCACCCUCAGCUCCAGCCCUGCCUGCCCCAGCGACGCCGAGCAGCACGGCCACACCCAUGCCCACCAGUGAUCUAGCCAAAGAUCCGUUGAUGAAGAAGAAGAAGGGGACAGUUGUCCGUAACAAAGAUGCCCACAAUCGACGGAUGAGAUUUUACCGAUCGUUGGAGAGCUCAUCAAGCCCCGAUGAAAUCCAGGACAUGGCCGAGAAUGCCCGCACAGGAGGAAAUAAGAGGCAAAAAUUGGCAGUGCUUUUUGAGGAGUGGGUAAAUUGUAGCGAGGACUGGCCACAAAGCAGCUUCGUCAUUCGCAUGAAGCAGCGGACGACGGAGCGGCAGAAGGGUGGACGCAGAUGGAUGACAAAAGCUGACAUAGUCAGUAAGUAUGCGCCUGGACGGACUGAGUCAGAAGCUAAGUCCAUAGCAGAGGAAAUCGUUGCACAUAAAGAGCAAACACCGGAUGCAAAGCGUCCACAUCCAGAUGCGCCUCUCAACAGUGAGAUGACCUUGUACCUAGUCUGGGAUGAACAGUUCGAGUCGACGGAGCAUGACUCAGUUGUGGAACAGUUGUUCCGCCAGAAAGAUUCGUCUGCCAAAAAGGCUUCGAAAGGCAAAGGAUCGAAAGAGUCAAAGAAAAGAAAGGCAUCAUCAUCGCCAGAAAACUCAGAGGAUUCAAGUGAAGACAGUGACCGGGAUGAUAGCAGCUCAAGCUCGAGCAGCACAAAGCGAAACAAGAAACAGCAUGACAAGAAGAAGAAAAGAAAGAACACCAAGAAUAAGAAAACAAAGAAAGGAAAGACAGCAAAGAAGGACAAGGGUAAGAAGAACAAGUCAGAAAGCGUCAGUGACGUGUCAGAUUCAGAAGACAAAGACCCGGAGGCGGAAGAAAAGGAGAGAGAGAAGGCAGCUGAAAAGGAGAGAAAACGAGCAGAAGCAGAAGCCAAGAAAGAGGCAAAGCGAAUUGAGACUGAACAGAAGAAAGCGGCAAACAAAGAGCAGAAUCGAAAGAAAGGUUUGGUCAAGAAGGAGGUGGCAGCUUUGGAUGCUGCUAUUGGGGAUUCUUCACGCCGGGAGGCAAACGCAUCGACAUUGUCUGUGAAUCUCCGAGAUGCAGUCAUUCAAGAUCUGCAGGCACAUCGGAACAAGUUGAUGACCAAGCGUGGAGAGCUUCAGGCUGCCUUGGAUUUUGGCAAGGUCAGCGACAUGGAGGACCUGGCUGCUCAGGCUAAGGCUUUGGUGACUGACUACAACCGCGCAAAGAAGGCUACGUCGAUGGGUGAUGGGGAAGUGAAGGCACUGCAGGUGAAGAGCAAUUGUGACGGUUUGGCCUUCGUUGCUCAAUCUGCAAUCGAUGACGUCGCAGCUGGAGAUCCUUGGCAAGCAAUGGAUGCAAGUGGCUGGACACCUUGGAACACCAGAGGAGAGUGGAAGGAAAUCUUCUCACCCUUGGACCCGUCGGCUGGGCUCAUAUUCUGGAAAGAAUCCAUCCCGUUGAAUUUGGCGUUUCAAGCCAAGUAUCCAUCUUGUAGCAUCGACGGCGGUCCAUUGCCACCUGGUCAAGCAGCCCGAGCAGGGCAAAACGUGGUUGAGGGAGGCAGAAAGUUUGCCAUCACAGAGGUUGUGAAGAAAGAUGGUUCACUGAUGAUGACUGCGAAAGCUUACAAUGGCCGCUGUAUCUUGGAGUGGCUCCAUGAUGCGAUGGGGGGGGCCAUUGCCAACCGAUCUUUUUCUGAUGAGAGAACGCCGCUGGCAUACUUGUCACCUCAGCAAGCUCAAGAUUUCCAUGCUGCAGCGCAGACUUACAUUGAUGCACACAUUGAGCUCACGCGGCUCUCUUGCUUGUGCCUUUGCACGCGCUGGAUUGGAGGGAAACCUCACUGGAUCAUCCGUCCCAAGAUCCACGUGCCUUGGCCACUGCAAAGCUUGGGGCACCAAAGCAGUCAGGAUAAAGGGCCCAUGGCUGAGCUCAUGAAUUUCGAAAUGAAGGGGCCAUUGCUUCUGAGGCUCUUGGCCACGUGGCCAAACUGGCAAGACUUGAAAGUGCUUUGGCAAGAUACAAUUUUGACAAAAACAUACAAUUGGUUCAUAGAUGUCCCAAAAUCAAAUAACCACUUGCCCUGCUCUUACAUGGUCUGA